AUGGCUUCAGACUCAAAGGUCCACGAUAUCGACGCCGUUAAUCACGUGCCUACGUUGGAUAGCAAGCACAACGUCGUGCAUUCGACCAGCGAGGUUCCAGAUGCCAAAGCCACGAAUGACCUUGUCGAGCCUGAGGAAUCUGACCACAGCUUCAAUUGGACCUGGAAGUCACUCUUCCGCAAACCAGCCGACCUGGAUGCAAUCGCCACAAAGCGGGGUGUGUUCGAUGACCCCAAUCUCAUUCAGUACUAUGCACCUAGCCCCGAGUAUGAGAAUUUCAAGCGCUUCGAUCCAAGCGAGAGAUGGACUCAUUUGGAAGAACGCAGUGUUCGGCGCAAGAUCGACCUCCGGAUACUUCUCUGGGUCCUCAUUAUGUUCUUUGCGUUGAACAUCGAUCGUGGAAACCUCGGCUUAGCUGUUGCCGGCGGUCUACUCGAUGACUUGAAGCUCUCCACUAACGACUACAAUAAUGCCCAGAAUAUGUAUCGUGUGGGAUUUAUCAUCGCAGAAAUCCCCUCACAGCUCCUUGGCAAGAAAAUCGGUCCUGAUCGAUGGAUGCCUAUUCAGAUCAUCAUCUGGUCAAUUUGUGCCGGAGGUCAGUUCUUCAUGCAAAGUCGAGCCGGCUUCUUUGCUUGUCGAUUUUUUGUUGGACUCUUCAUGGGUGGAUUUAUCCCAGACAGUAUUCUGUAUAUUUCCUAUUACUAUACGAGCACGGAAAUGCCCUUUCGCCUCUCGCUCUUCUGGUUUACGGACUACAUGUCAGGUGUCGUUGCUUCAUUUAUUGCAUAUGGGGUUUUGCAUAUGAAUAAUAUUGCAGGUCGAGAGGGAUGGCGCUGGCUCUUUCUAAUCGAGGCUCUCAUCAGUAUCGUCAUUGGUUUUUUGAGUUUCUUCUUCCUCGUACCCGGGCCUACACAGACGAAAACUCUCCUCUCCCCUAAUGGCUACUUUACCGAGCGAGAAGAGAAGAUCAUCACAAACAAAGUACUUCGGGACGACCCUUCCAAAUCCUCUAUGCAUAACCGACAAGCUAUUACACCCAAAAUGCUUUGGCAGAGCCUGUCGGACUACGACUUAUGGCCGGUCUAUGCUAUCGGGAUACUGUUUGAAAUUCCCGCUUCUCCUCCCAAAGCCUACGUUCCAUUAUCUCUAAAGCACAUAGGCUUUGACGCUUUUCAAAUCACGCUCCUCAACGUUCCCAUCACAGUCCUCACCGCCAUCAACCUCUUGUGGGUUACGGCUCUUACCGAGAGAGUAGGUCAAAUAGCCAUCAUGGGAAUAUUGACCCAACUUUGGGCCCUUCCCCUCCUUAUCAUCGAACUCACAUCUGUCUCGAAAAUCACUGCCUGGGCCCAAUAUGCAGUCACUCUCCUCCUUGUCGCCCAGCCAUCGAUGCAGGCUGCCCAGGUCGGCUGGUGCAGUCGGAUCAGCAACACGGUGCGCACCCGAGCCGUCAGCGCUUGUAUCUACAACAUCAUGAUUCAACUGUCCGGCAUAGCUUCUUCUAACAUCUACCGUGAAGAUGACAAACCACUGUACCAUCGUGGCAAUAAACAACUGAUAGCUAUCAACGUUGCGUGCAUAGCUGCCAAUGCAGUCGCAAAGAUUUACUACACAUAUAGAAAUAAAUCGAAUCGUGCCAAGUGGACUGCCAUGACGAAGCAAGAGCAACAGAAAUAUCUGGACACUACGAAGGAUCAAGGAAACAAGAGAUUAGAUUUCGUUUUCUUCAACCAAACCGUCUACCAAAUGACAGAUUCUGCCGACGGGGUAAUUAGAGUCUCCCAAAUCGGCAUCGCAGUUCCAAUCAUCCCACCAAAAGACAUCCCCACGAGUACAACAGCAGCAGUCCCGCAUGCCUCUUCCGGAACCAUGGGCAAUCAACGUAUACCAUCUUACCACGGGCUACCCAUCAACGGGGUCUUCCAAAACCUCCCUAUGGAGCCGACGAUGAAAGCGACGGGAAAAUCCCUCCCGAAAAUCCACUCUUCUGCUCUAACUAGCAGCCGCCGCUCAAAAGAGUUCGAUACGGAAUACUUCAAGCCCAAUAAAGGAGCACCACAUAAGAAACGAUUCUACAUUGCCGCGAUUGUCAUUCUGGCUCUCGUUCUGAUCGUUAUUUCUGCACUGUUGAUUGUUAGAGCGGUUGAUGAUGCGCAUCAUCAAAAGGUUGUUCCUCGGAAUGUCACAUCGACUGCUAUAUCAGUCCAAUCUAUGACAGUUCCAACAACGGUUUUGAGCAUUUCGGUUCCUACGCCGGUGUUGGCGAAUGUGCCUCCGACGACGGUUCUGAGCGUUUUGGUUGCUACGCCGGUAUUGACGAAUGUAUUUGAGACGACGAUAACGAGUUUGGGGAUUACAGUUCUAGUCCCUGUUGUGACGGCUGCGCCGGGUACCACACAGCGGAGUUGA